GUUUGUCACUGACCAAGAGAGAGAGAACUUAUUCCCAAGCACUCCUACCCUCUCAUCCCAGUCCUUCUGAGCUUUUCAGGGAUAAAGCACACAUAUGCUCGAACGUGAACAUGGGAAACUGGCUAGGACGAGUAAUCUGAGAUAAACGAGUGUGGAAAAGAACAAGAAACACAAGAGACUGCAUCACGCAGACAUUCCUCAGCAGGGAGACGAGGAGAAAAAAAACAGCCAGCGCACAUCUGGAGGAGAAAGGGGGAGGAACGGACGGGCAGAGAGCAACAGAAGAACAGAGCGAUUUUAAGAAAGCGUGUGUGUUUAUGUGAUGGCCUUGGAGGUCCAGCGUCCAGCUUUACGAGCAGAAGUGACCCCCGACUCUGAGGAAGAGGGUUAGAGACUCCUGUCAAGACUCAAGAAUGAGUGGUGAUGUCCUCUAGCUAACCUCUCACAGCAUUCAUGCCGCUCUACGUUUCUGCGUAGUGUGCCCGUGUACAUUUCAGGAAUUCGGGUGCCCCGGAGGGUGUAUGGCCGUGCGCAGGCUGGUGGUGGUGGCAGCGGCGGUGGCCCUGCUUUCUCUGGUGCUCAACAACGUGGCGACGUUCAGCUCCAGCUGGGUGCUGCAGGUGCAGGAUGACGGACGGCGGCGGAGCGUGGGGCUCUGGAGAGCGUGUGUGCAUGAGGACACAGCCUGCCAGAGACUCAGCUGGGGAUCGGAGCUCGCGGGGUAUCAGGAGUCACGCAGCACUGUCAAACUUCAGUUUGACAUGAUGCGGGCAUGUAACCUGAUGGCUACGGUGGCUCUGACCGUGGGUCAGCUAAUCUUCCUGUUUGGGUUACUGGAGAUAAGCCAUAUUACCCAGGAUUCUCAGUGGUGGGAGGAAGCCAUCGCUGCCCUGUUCCAGUUAGCCAGUUUUGUGCUGGUGAUCGGUCUGGUGACGUUCUACAGGAUCGGCCCCUACACUCACCUGUCCUACGCCUGCUACGUUAACAUUGCUGCUUGCUUGUUUGCCACGCUAGCAGCCGCCAUGCUAAUCUGGAAUAUUCUGCAUCGGCGUGAUGACUGCAUGUCUCCGUCGGUCAUCGUCAUCAGCCGAUCUCUGACCACACCCUUCAGGCCGCGCCUAGACAAUGACUAUGUAGAGUCGCCAUGCUGACACAAAGAUACACCUCACCUGAGACAAAACACAGGGUGGAUAUUUAGACGGACGGACACAAAUACACCUGGAGAGCAGCUCUAUUAUUUUAAGUGGAACUGAUCUCCUGGAAUGAUGAGGGCAGUGAUCAUGUGACUGCAAAAAGUGGAUUAAAUGGAAGACUUUUGAAACGCAUUUAAACACAGAAACAGCACUGUGGAUUGCGAAGAAUCCAAUAGACAGAUAAAGAUCAAGCUGGAUCUUGACACGUUUAUGUUCAUAAUGAGAAAGUAGAAGCACAUUCGUAUGCACACAUAUCUGUUAUAGUUCUAUGAAACAUGGAGUUUCAGAUUUCAAAAGGAGUCCAGGCAUUGAAUAUUGCUCCCAGGUCAACUGAAUACAGUCCUUUACAGGCCGGCCGGCAUGGAAUCUGCACUUUUAUACAUGUUCUCUGCUAAUUUUUGUGUGUGUGUUUUGCAUAAAGAAACCAAAUCUAUUUUUAGAAACAUUGCAAUAUUUUCCAUUAUGACAUAUUUAUUACAAAUAAGCACAUUUGCCUGCAGAUCUGAUGUCUAAAUGCUUUACUUUUGAGCUUUUUUUUAUUUUAUUAAAAUAACCAAAAAUGAAAUAAUUUAAUGAGAACUCUGGGGAAAAUAUGCUAAAUUGAAAACAUGCUUGUUUGCUUCAUUUUAAGCAAAAUGUAAUUUCUUUUUUUUAUUAUUUGUCAAAUUACUCCAAUAUAUUUAAUCUAACAAUUUAAGAGGGAAAGAGAUGGAAAUCAUGGAGAUUUUUUUUUUUUCACUAA